AUGGUUGCUGCAGCGACUUUGGCAACGCCAGACUUGUCUAAGACGAAUCAGCGGAAACGCAAGGCCCACACCAAGUCUAGAGCAGGAUGCGGCAAUUGCAAGAUUAGGCGCGUCAAGUGUGACGAGUCCAAACCAAAGUGCAAGAAAUGCGUGGCUUUCGGAGUCUCCUGCAACUACGGUGCCACGGGAAGCACAGGCGUGGGAGAGCUGGUUCUCUCCUUUGAGGGCACCUCUUGCAUCGAGGCACCGUCAAAGGCCCCCAUCUCGAUGAACCAGACUAUGCUUGACUUGAUCAAUCACAAUUUGCGCCACUCUCCGACUGGCAAACUACUAGGUGACCAAACAUAUAAACUCAAUGCCCAGGACCUAGAGGUUCUCGAUAGAUUCAGCAAGAGGACUAUCCUGACACUUGGGACGGAUGUUACCAAAUGGAUCCUUCAAGCUGAGACUCCAAGGCUUGCCUGUCUUCACCCGUUUCUCAUGCAUGCCGUGCUGGCCUUCACAUAUUCUCACGAUCGUCUCCUCAAGCCAGUACCAGAAAAGGCUGGUGCGGCUGAGCUAUUUCACAACUACAAAGGAGCUGCUCUCUUCAAUUACAGGCUAAACGGAGAUGUCACCCCGUCAGAGCGCGACGCCAUAUGGAUAACAUCAACAUUGAUCGGGGCGAUAGAAUGGAGUAAGAUCGAAGCCAAGUCACCCGAAGCGGCCUGGCCAUUGAAAGACCUGGACCCCGGAGAGCCGGACUGGUUGACUCUCAGCCAGGGCAAGAAUGAUAUAUGGGACUUUUGCGACCCGUCCAGGCCAGAGAGUUGCUUCAGAAAUCUGCUCGUCAAGUGCAACAUCGAGGGCGGAGAUGCGAAUUUCACGCCCUACCAGCUCAAGGACGGGGGCUUCCACAACCUCCCAGGCCCGCUGCUGGACUUUCUCGAGCUUACAGACCCGCUGGUCUGGCAAUCGAGCCCCUAUUAUCGCGCCGCGAAUAUCAUCUCGCAGCUCAUACCCAUCCAGUACAACCAGAGCAACCUCUUGAAGUUCACAACCUUCCUCUACCUGAUGGCACCGGAGUUCAGGGAGCUAUGGGUCAAAAAGGACCCUGGCGCACUGCUUUUGAUUUCCUACUGGUAUGCCAAGACGAUCCCAUAUCAGCAAUGGUGGACCUGCAAGAGGGCCGUUCUCGAGUGCCAGGCCAUCUGCAUCUUCCUCCAGCGCCAUCACCACGACACCCCGUAUUUGGAGCGCUUGCUGGAGUUUCCCAAGCGAUCUUGCGGCCUAGUCUCGUCACAGAAGUUCGCUGUCUGA